AUGAACCAAGCAACCUUCGACAUCCAACCCGUAAACCGCUUCGGCGGUUCAAAUACCACAAUCCGCAGACCAAAGGAAAUUGCGUGCUUCUCCUAUGAUCAGGAUCGCCGCUUCUCCCUGGGUGAUGCAUCUAUCGCAUACUACUACCCACCAAGUCUACCCGCAGAUCUGAAUAUCGGGUUUGAUACAUUUCAGAAACUGAAUGAUGCUGCGGAUGAGCAUUUGGAUGCGUUGCUUGAUACUAUAGUAGCGAUGGAGAAGGAGACGGGGAAGAUGUGCGAGACUGAUAUUGUGACGUGGCGGGGGAUGUUGACCAAGAUUUUGACUGCCCCGUUUGAUAUGAUGAAUGGGUUUGAGAUGAAUGCAACGUGUUAUCAGGUAAGGCCGACCCUAAGGCACAAUGUGCGUAUCAAAACUAGUGCUACAACAUUCCACAGUAUUGACAUAACAUCUAGAUUCAUCGAAGAAAACAACUCAUACAAAAACCGACAAAAAGAACUACAACGAAACCAAAGAAUGCCCCCGGGGAUGGCAUCCCAAGAACUCAUGAUGUACUGGGGCUACAAAUUCGAAGUUCUAUCCGUCCUCCGAAAACCAUGGGACCCAUGCACCCGCGACGAAAUCGAAAAUCGACAAAACGAAGUCGUCAAUAAUAGCGCCCAAUACUGCUCAGUCGUCAAAACGGGCAUGGGAAAUGUGCGCAUGGUCCUUGGCGGCGAAGUCGAUGCUGUCUGGGACUGUAAACCCGACAGAAAAGAAGAUCCCAUCCACUGGGUCGAACUCAAAACCUCAGCCGAAAUCCGCAACGACCGCGACAUGCUCAAAUACGAGCGGAAACUACUCAAAUUCUGGGCCCAGUCAUUCUUACUCGGUGUCCCCAAGAUUAUCGUCGGAUUCCGCGAUCAGCAGGGUAUCGUGCAUCGUCUGGAAGAACUCGAGACUGCUAGUAUUCCUGGUAAAGUGAAGAAGGUUGGUCGGGGGAGUUGGGAUGGGAAUAUUUGUAUUAAUUUUGCGGCGGCGUUUUUGGAGUGGCUGAAACAGGUUAUCCAAGGAGACGGGGUUUGGAGGAUACGAAAGGUGGAAAAGUCUCAUGUCAUUGAGGUUUAUAAGGUUGAAGAGUCUGGGCAUGGUGAUAUCCUCUCGUCUACGUUUAAGACGUGGCGAGAGGGCUCAAUGGAGGAGUGA